GAGGCCGCGAAUCGAAUACGUGUUGCUGCGUUCCCUUGGAGGAAAGUUCCGUUGUUCCGCACCGGCAAGAAAAGAAAAAAAAUCGAAUAAAACGGUGGUGAUUUUUCGCCACCGGAAACCCCACAUCACCACAAAUGUGAUUUAGUAUUUAUAUCUACAGUAUUCAAUAUAAGUUUAUUGUUUAGUUAGUUCAGUCGUGAAGUUUUCGACAUGGAGCGCAAUUCCGUCCAAACCGUGACAUUGAUGAACAGUAUCAUCGGCGUUGGAAUCCUCUCGAUGCCCUUCUGCUUUCAGAAGUGCGGAGUUGUGCUGUCGAUAGUGCUGCUUUUAUUGAGUACCUACAUCACAAAGCUAGUUUGUAGUUAUAUGAUCAAAUCGGCAAUCAUUUCCCGGAGGAAGAACUUUGAGCAGAUUGCAUUCUACGCGUUCGGUUCCUGCGGGAAGCUGUUGGUGGAGCUAUGCGUGGUUGGAUAUUUGCUGGGUACGUGCGUGGCGUAUUUCGUGGUCGUUGGAGAUUUGGGUCCCCAGAUUGCGGCAAAAAUGUUUGCCAUCAACGAGAGUAGUACCCUGAGAACGUGGGUGAUGAUUACGGUUACGGUGGUGUGCAUAAUUCCACUUGGAUUGCUGCGGAAUGUAGACAGCCUGUCGACGGUUUGUACGGCUUCGCUUGGAUUCUAUGUGUGCUUGAUAUUGAAGGUGAUGGCCGAGUCUAGCGAGCAGGUCAGCAAAACCGGAUGGAUUGACGGGUUGGACAUGUGGAAUUCAAAGGGUAUCUUGCAGUGCUUGCCGAUUUUCAGUAUGGCCUUGUCCUGUCAGAUGCAACUAUUUGAAGUCUAUGCCACCAUGCCGACGACAUCACUGGACAAGAUGAUUCGUGUGAUUCAGAAAUCCACCGGUCUCUGUGCUUGCAUUUAUGGUCUGAUCGGAUUUUUUGGCUACGUCGCCUUCAAUGGACAUCACUUCUCCGGUAACAUCCUGGUUAAUUUCUCGCCUUCGUAUGUGUCGGACAUAAUCAAGAUAGGAUUCGUGCUUUCGGUGGCAUUCAGCUUUCCGUUGGCAAUUUUUCCCUGUCGGGUCAGUUUGUAUUCUCUACUGUACAAGAAAGCUCACUCCGAUGCACACUACUACAUUCCGGAGUCCAAAUUUCGGCCGUUAACGAUCGCCAUUGUAUGCGCGGCACUGGUUCUAGGCUGGUUGGUACCCUCAAUCGAAGUUGUUAUCGGGCUGGUUGGAUCCACAAUCGGCGUUGCUGCUUGUAUCAUCAUUCCGGCUGCAUGCUACAUGCACAUUUGUAAGACAAACAUCUCCGAAAAGCAGCUAGCUCAGGUGAUGAUCGGUUUCGGCCUUCUGAUCAUGAUCCUUGGUACCUAUGCCAAUCUGGAGGCGAUGAAUCAGGUUCCGGAGAAGAAAUACGAGGCUAUUGUGAAGGAAAAGGUUACUCCUCUACCGGUAAUGGUUGUGGAAAAACCGGAGGAGAGUUUGGACAAAAAGAUUGAGGAGUUAAAACCCAAGUUGCCGGUCCUAGUAGAAGAAAAAGAGAUGGUUCCCAUUGUGACGGAGAAAAUAACGCCGAAGAUUGAGGAACCUGUGACGAUCAACAGUUUGAAGGACGAAGAAAGUGCUGCCAGCAAGGAUAAGGAUGAGAAGAUUGCAAUUUCUCCGGAACCUCCACUGGUUCAAGUAAAAGACAAAGACAAAAAAGAAGAAGUAAUCGACCAGGAUGCCAUCCUCAAGGAGGAUAAGGAAAUCGCCGUCGAAGAGAAAGAGCAAAUUCAAAAGGAGAUCAUCGAGCUGCAGAGCGCCAAGAAAGAACUGGAAGCUCAAGUGCAAAACAUCAAGGAACAGCUGGUGAAAAAGAACGAGGAAACCCAGCAAUUGGUGUUGAAGAAGUUUGAUGAGAUUGUCGAGAAGAUUGAUCAAAAGGCUUCCAGAGAGAAGGACGAGGUCAAACCUGAUGCCGCUGGUGAACCAAAGAAGAUGGAGGAGACGGCGGAUCAUCAGAAAGAUCCAAUUGUUCGCUUACUGACAGAACAGGGCAAGCUGAAUGCCAAAGCAAAUGAGACCAAGUCUGAAACAAUGGCGGCAGGAGUCGCAGAGGUGAUUCCGAAGGUAGAUGACGAACCGCAAGCCGAAGUAAAGCCGGCAGGCGAAAGUGUGAACAAUGAAACCGCUCCAAAACAGCAACCGGAAGUUGCCGAAACCGUUCCACCGGUUGAAGUUCCACUGGUGAAACAGGAAGAGAAAGGUGAACCGCUUCCGCCACUGCCUGUAGAGCAAGAAAUAAAAUCGGUCCCGGUGAAGAAGGAGGAGGAGGAGAAAGCUGCUGCCGAAGAGUCAAUGAAAAUCAAAUUUGAUGGAACGAAAGAGGACGGAGACGCUGGUGCCAAGAGGGAUCUUCUUGCGAUACGAAACAAGAGAAACGCUGCAAAACAGCAGCAGGAGCAGCAGAACAAAGACGAGGUAUUCCACUAAGACGCCCACAUUCAUCAGGAAACAUUUAAUUGUUCGCAUUAUUCUCAGAUACCCUGUAUAAACAUAAAACUCAAGAUGUCUGUCCCACCCCCAUAUUCACCGUAAACGAGUUUGAAAUAAAUGUAUACAUAGGUCUCGAAGGGCAUUUUGCAGCAAC